GAAUUGUAAUAGAGGUUACCUUGAAAGUUAUCAUUUCUCGGUUUCUCUGUAGAGUCGCAUUUUACUUUUUCGUCAAUGGCCUUGUAUAAGUAUGGGAGCUCAUCCAUAGCAACACCACCUCAAUACCCAGUUACAGAAUUCGACAUUCUCAAAUCUUCACACAAAUUCCUGCGCGAUGAUACCAGCAACAAAGAUGCCUCGUGGAACGACCAACUAGCGCAGAAGUACUACGACAGCCUCUACCGCGAAUACGCGGUAUGCGACCUGAAGCAUUACAAGUCAGGCAACUUUUCGCUGCGCUGGCGCACAGAGAAUGAGGUACUCUCCGGCGCGGGAGAAUCAACGUGUGCGAACACGCGCUGCGAAUACCACGAGCCUCCACGCCCUGGCGAACGGAUACAGAUACCGGCUUUAUCAGCUCUCGAGCUGCCGUUUGGAUACGAGGAACAUGGCGAACAUAAAUCGGCCCUGGUGAAAGUGGUGCUGUGUGGGAAGUGUGUAAAGAAACUAAUGUGGAAGAGACGUAAAGAGAAAGAACAGGAGAUAGGAGGAGUAGCGAUUAAAGUUGAGGAGGGAGAUACCGAGGAUCUUCUUGGAGAUGCUGAGGAGAAAAUGAAAGAUAGGGGCUCGCGAAGGCAAGGGAGAGAUAGGGAAGACGCAAAACCUCAAAGGUUACGACAAAGUUCACGAUCACUCUCUCCACACGCACGUCAGAAGGAUACGUCUUCAUCACAGCAACGCCAUUCGAGGGCAAGACCUUUUAGAGAAGGUAGCUCACGAUAACUCGGCGCAGAGGGAAAUAUACUUUGAUGUGGCUUUAGGGUGUGUGUCUCAGACCUCGUGCAAUACGUGAGUCCAGUCAGUACGACUCGAUAUUAUGUUAUUGGAUUCUAGAAGACCUUCCUUCACUCGACUGCAACAAUAGUACUGAUACGUACAAACCCACGGAAAGGGUCAUCGAUCCGUCGUCCGGCAUUAUUCAAACGUGGUCGCAGAUCCUAGCAAUGAUACCAUCGAAGUCGAACUCGGAAUACCAAUUUUCUGGGUUCAGGGGUACUCUCUCAGGUUGUGACCCUAUAGCACAGUCAUUACUCCAGAUAUCAAUCACGGUGAUAUGCAAUUUCGAUGUUUGAGCUGAUAUGGAUUGACUAUUUAUUGUUGACGGCGCUCUUGGCUGAAGUACUUUCCUUAUAUGUUCACGGCGUGGUUUGGGCUGCAGUGCAAUUGAUGUUGUCAUUCCAGUAAGUACUAGCACUACACGAGGUAAAGCAGAAGCAGGUUAGGAAACCUA